AUGUCUCAGGACAGUGAGCUGUGGAGGAAAGAUUCGAGUCUGGGCGAUGAGCUGGCAGCUAUGAGGCAGCAGAAGCUGGAGCAGCAGCGGCGCCUGUUUGAGAAGAAGCAGCGGCGCAAGCGCCAGGAGCCACUGAUGGUCCAGGCCAAUCCCGACUCUUCCCUGCGGCCCCGGCGGCCCCGGCGGCGGGAGGAGAGCCGACCUGGGGAGAGCGGCCCCAGGAACCCUUUUCUCCUGGAGAACGUGCCGGAGGCGCAUCUGCGAGCUGGCACGCACGGCAUUCAGGGCAGCGUUAACUGUGGCGGUGACUGUGGCAGCGAACGCACCCCUCGACAAGCCUUAGGAGGAACUGACAGCUCGGACCCAGAACUGGAGGAGGUCUCGGUGGAGGACGGCUCGGUCUCCCCGUUUCCUGGCAAGGAGCUGCCUGGGACCCGACGCCGGGGAUGGCCGGCUCGGCAGCGGCCAGGGAGAGUGGACACUCUGCAGAAGCCCAGCCCUUCGAAGACCCCAGUACACAAAACAGAGGAAGUGACGGCGGCGGCCCCAGAUGAGAUGCGCGAAGGUGAGGAACCCUGGCGGUUGGCGGACUCAGACUGGGCAGAGCUGGAAAGCCCAGCAGAGUACCAGACCGCUGAGGAGGAACUGGGAGAGCCUAGCCUUGGCGGUAGCCAAGGAUCCCAGAACGACCUGAGCGAGAAGAGGAGGCCUAGGGAGCCGGGACCGUCACCGCCUCCGCCUCCGUUUCCCCCAGAGGAAGAGGAGGCGGCGGUGGCGGACAGUGAGGAGAGCACGAGUUACGAAGCUUCGUACUCGGGACUGGAACGCGGCUCGCAGAGAGGCCGAGACCACGGUGACUCCUUCUCCAGCAAGGAUGAGGAGGAGUACGAAGAUGAGGUGGAGGCAGGGACGACGACCAUGGCGCUGGAGUCCUCGGAAGAUAGCGGGGCCGGGGCUGGGGCAGGGGACGUGGAGAAAGCGCCGCACUCCCUACACUGCAGCCCUGGCCCGCAGCCUGGGGAGGACAUGGAAGCCUACGUGCUGCGACCCGCUCCUCGCAGCCGGACCGUGCAGUGCAGGAUCAAUCGAGACAAGCGGGGCGUGGACAAGGGCAUCUUCCCAUUCUACUAUCUCUACCUGGAGGCGCCCGACGGCAAGAAGCAUUUUCUCCUGGCUGGGCGCAAGAGGAAGAGGAGCAAGACUUCCAACUAUCUCAUUUCCCUGGACCCCACUGACCUGUCUCGAGAUGGGGACAACUUUGUGGGCAAAGUCAGGUCUAAUGUCCUGGGCACUAAAUUCACCAUCUUCGACAACGGGGUGAACCCAGAGCGGAAAACCAUCCUGCCGGAGUCUACCCGGAUCCGAGAAGAGCUGGGCACUGUGUUCUAUGUGAGGGCUAGUUUUUCAUGGGAGUGGGGGGGAAGAAGAGGGAAAACAUGGUGAUGGACAAAUCCUGGCCCUUUCUUGCAGGAGACCAACGUGCUGGGAUUCGGGGGACCACGAAAGAUGACAGUCAUCAUCCCAGGCAUUGAUCCCCAGAACCAAAGGCUCAAAGUCCAGCCCCAGAAUGAGCAGGAAUCCCUUCUGAACCGCCUCCACCAAGGGGCCAGUCAAGGCCUGGUCUUUCUACAAAACAAAGCCCCAUCCUGGAGCGAUGAGAGCCAUGCCUACGUCCUUAACUUCAACGGGCGGGUCACUAGGCCCUCGGUCAAAAACUUCCAGAUUGUGCACCCUGAUGAUUCUGACUACCUGGUGCUGCAGUUCGGUCGCAUAUCCCGGGACACCUUCACCAUGGAUUUUCGAUUCCCCCUCUGUCCCCUCCAGGCCUUCGCCAUCUGCCUGUCCAGCUUUGAUGGGAAGUUGGCGUGUGAGUGACGCCCGCACCCCUGGCCCACG